AUGAGUGAUUGGGGUAACGAACAAGGUGGCGGCACCGGAUUUGACGGUGCUGAGAGUCACGGAGAUGGCCAGCCCGGCGGUGAUGACAAGUGUUUCGGUUGUGGUGAGACUGGCCACCGUCGUGCCGAGUGUCCCAACCCUCAGGAGAUGACCUGCCGCUACUGCAAGAAGGAAGGCCACAUGCGUAAGGAUUGUCCUGAUGCACCACCCAUGGUCUGCGAGAACUGUGGCGAAGAAGGUCACUUCCGAAAGCACUGUGAGAAGCCUCGCAAGGUCAAUCGUGAUCACAUUGCCGACGUCGGCCCCGACGUUGCCUGGCAGAAGAUCAAGCAGGCGGUCGUUGAGAAAGAUGUCGAUGACGCCAAAGAAGCCGUCAAUGAGUACAUCAAGGCCAUGGAUGGCGACAUCACCUACAAGGAGCUUCAGGAAUCCCUGAUCGAGCAAGGCAUUGGUCUCUGGCUCGUUCCUACUGAGCGAACCCUCAUCCAGGUCUUUACCAACAUGGAUCUUCAGGGCAACAUCGACAAGAAAUACACUGUUUCCUACCGCUUUGCCGAGAAGCCUGACCGCCCCCGCGAGAUGGAAGGUUGGCCCAAGGAUCGAGAGGAACUCCUUGAGCGCUUGAACGACGCUGGCGAGAUUGUGGACCGCGGUGUUCCCCUUUGUACCAACUGCAAGGAACUCGGGCAUACCUCCAAAUUCUGCACCCAGGAGAAGGGAGAACGCGACGCACCCAAGAUCUCUUGCUUCAACUGUGGCGCUGAUGGUCACCGUGUCCGCGACUGUCCCGAACCUCGAGUUGACAAGAAUGCUUGCAAGAACUGCGGUCAAUCCGGCCAUAGGGCUGCGGAUUGUGAGGAGCCCCCCAACCCCGCGAAUGUUGAGUGUCGCAAGUGCAAUGAGGUCGGACAUUUUGCCAAGGAUUGCCCUCAGGGCGGCGGCCGGGCCUGCCGCAACUGCGGUCAGGAGGGGCACAUUUCCAAAGAAUGUGACCAACCUCGAGACAUGUCUACCGUGACCUGCCGCAACUGUGAACAGCAGGGCCAUUUCAGCAAGGACUGUCCUCUUCCCCGGGAUUGGAGCAAGGUCCAGUGCUCCAACUGCCAGGAGUAUGGCCACACCAAGGUCCGGUGCAAGGCCCCUCCAGUUGAGGAGGCCGAUGCCUUCGGUGAUGGCGAUGGCGGAUGGGGGCCUGAUGAUGGGGCCGCGGUCGCUCAGACCGCUGGCGGCGACGACGAUGGAUGGUAA